CAAUACCCGACCCACCGAUCACAGUCUAGGGUUUCAAUGAACAAAUAUAAUAAACCUAAACUCUACCUCCAUUUUUCUUUCUUUCUCCAAGAUUGUUAGCAGCAUCAGAUUCCAAAACCCUAGCUUCUUCUAAUCUCGGAAUCUCAACCAUGUCGUCGAAGAGAAAGGUUAGGGAGCCAAAGGAAGAGACUGUGACUUUGGGUCCAGCUGUUAAGGAUGGGGAACAUGUUUUUGGUGUUGCUCGCAUUUUUGCUUCCUUUAACGACACUUUCAUCCAUGUCACUGAUUUGUCUGGCAGGGAAACCCUUGUUCGCAUCACUGGUGGAAUGAAGGUUAAAGCCGACAGAGAUGAGUCAUCUCCUUAUGCUGCUAUGCUUGCAGCACAGGAUGUUGCUACCAGAUGCAAGGAGCUCGGUAUUACCGCUCUUCACAUCAAGCUCCGUGCCACUGGUGGAAACAAGACCAAGACACCUGGCCCUGGUGCUCAGGCUGCUCUGCGUGCCCUUGCUAGGUCUGGAAUGAAAAUCGGCCGUAUAGAGGAUGUUACUCCUAUUCCUUCUGACAGCACCCGUAGAAAGAGUGGUAGAAGAGGUAGAAGGCUCUAGAUUAUAUCUUAUGGUUUAUGGAAAGCUGGAGUUUUAUCUUUUACUUUUCAUGCGAAAACAUGAUUGUCAUUUUGAAAUUUGAUAUGUAGCCAAGUUUUAUUUCACAUUUAACAUCAAGUAUUUUUUGUGUUAUGUUUAAGAAUGAUUUUUAUCUGAACAUUUAUUUAGAAAGACUGCUUGAUAUUUUGAAA